AUGGUCGACACGGAAGACCAAGAAGACACAUUACCUACCUCAGUGAAUCAGCCAUCAUCGAGAGCUCAUCGCAGACCACCAGAAUCGUCGAUGCCAGGAAAUUUGAGGCAAGGCUAUCCAACGACGAUACCAUCAGUAAAUCCUGCAAGUACGACAGGACUAGCACACGUACCUUCUUCAUCGUACAAUUCUAGCACUGUUCGUACACCGGACAUGAUGCCUUUAUUAGGUGCACGAUCAGCUCCUGCGAAAUUUACAGGAAAAUACGACACUGUAAAGAGAUUUAUACGUCAGUAUAAGCAGAUGUGUGCCGUGUACAACGUACCAGACAAUGAGAAAUGUCAACGAAUCAUUGACUACUGCUCCACCAGAGUUACGAGGUUCGUCGAAGCCCUAGACAGCUUUGUGAAAGAAGAUUGGACUCAGCUCGAGAAGGAUAUACUCACCUAUUACGAUGCUGAGCUUAACGAGUCUCGAUACCUCGUUAGUGACCUCGAUACAUUGACAGACCGAUGGCGAAGUAAAGGGAUCUAUAAUCUCAAACGCUUCAAACAAUAUGAGAUCGAGUUCCUAACGAAGGCCAACUGGUUACUUCACAAGGGAAAGAUUACACGAGAUGAGCAACAUACCAAGUUUUGUGAAUCCGAUGAUGAGUCGGAUGACGACGAGAUCCGAGAAAAGACUAGGAAACGUCGGAAAGAGCAAGAUAAUCACUGGAAAGAAAAGCUAGAAGAGAAAGACGAAGUAGAAGAGUUAAUUGGUUUAUUAUCGAGCCUUGAAGAUGGACUUGGCCAUCGUGGACAUCGUAGCUCCUCCAAUUCGGAGAACAGGAGCUAUAUUUCCACCACCACAGCAAGCUAA